AAGGGAAAAACAGAGUGGUACUGAAAAUGGGCACAGAAAGAGAAUUAGUAGAAGAGAAGCCAAGAAAAGGUGGUCUUAGAACUAUGCCUUUCAUCAUUGUGAAUGAAUCAUUUGAAAAGGUAGCAAGUUAUGGUUUACAAUUUAACCUGCUAAUCUACCUGAUGACAUAUUAUAACAUGACUGCUGCCACUGGAACUAGCACUUUUGGAAUAUGGAAUGCACUCUCAAAUGGGUUGGCCAUUGUUGGGGCCAUUAUUGCUGAUUCUUACUGUGGUCGAUAUAGGGCUGUUGCCUAUGGAUCCAUCUCCACUCUUAUUGGAAUAAUUAUACUAUGGCUCACAGCCAUGAUUCCACAACUCACGUCUUUAUCCUGCUCUCAGUUCCAACAUGUUUGUAAUGGACCAACAGCAGUCCAACUUGCUGUUCUAUUUUCAUCUUUUGGGUUUAUGUCCGUUGGAGCUGGUUUUGUUAGACCUUGUUCUAUAAUAUUUGGUGCCGAUCAAUUGGAAAAUAAAGAGAACCCCAGGAACCAGAGGCUUAUUGAAAGCUAUUUCAACUGGUACUAUGUUAGCUCAGGGAUUUCAACUAUUGUUGCAGUUACCAUUAUCGUUUAUAUCCAAGAUCGUUAUGGUUGGAAAGUUGGCUUUGGUAUCCCUGUUAUCCUCAUGUUUUUGUCUGUCUUAAUGUUCCUAAUCGGUUCUCCUCUUUAUAUCAAAGUGAAAGCUAAAGGUACAGAAAACUUGCUCAUAGGAUUGCUCCAAACAGUUGUAGCAGCGUUUAGGAAAAGAAAUAUCUGUCUUCUAUUGACUGAUUGUGAUGACUACUAUCGUUGGCCACUUGAAUCAGAUGUCUUGAUGCCAUCAAAGGACUUCAGGUGUUUAAAUAGAGCUUGCAUGAUUCAAGAUCCUCAAAAAGAUUUGAAUCCUGAUGGAUCAGCUUCAAAUCCAUGGAAUCUCUGUAGUUUGGAACAAGUUGAAUCACUGAAGGCUCUUAUUAGAGUACUUCCUAUGUGGUCCACCUGUUUCAUGAUCUUUGUGGAUAUGAAUGUAUUCGCAUUUGCCUUACUUCAGACAAAUACCAUGGAUAGACACAUCUUCCCUCACUUCGAAAUACCAGCAGCAUCAUUCAGUAUGUUCUUGAUUAUUGCUUUAACAAUCUGGAUUGUUUUCUACGACCGUGUUUUGGUCCCUUUGCUAUCAAAAUAUACCGGACAGCCAAGAGGGCUAAGUCCUAUCACUCGAAUGGGGAUUGGCUUAAUAGCCUCCUUUAUGUCUAUGGUAUUGUCAGCAAUAACAGAAAGCAUAAGACGACAAAGGGCAAUAGAGGAAGGGCAUGAGGACAACCCAAGUGCUUUAGUGAACAUGUCUGCUAUGUGGUUCGUGCCACAGUAUGCACUACUCGGAGUGGCUGAGGCUACCCAUGCUGUUGGACAGACUGAGUUCUUCUACACUCUAUUACCCAAAAGAAUGUCCAGCAUCGCGUCAGCUAUGUAUACUGUUGGGACAGCUGUGUCGAGUUUGGUUGGAAGUGUUCUGGUGAGUGGUGUGGAUUGGCUUUCAUCAACCGGAGGUAAAACGAGCUGGAUUUCGAGCAACAUUAAUAGGGGUCACCUGGAUUACUACUUUUGGCUACUCACUUUUUUGAGUUUGCUCAACUUCUUAUAUUUUCUGGUCGUCUGCCAGUUUUAUGAACCUAGCAAUGAUGAGAUCAGUAGGUCACCUCAUGUGGCCGAAGAUAAAGAAUGUGACUAUAGGCUUUUACCUGAAUCUUGAUAUUAUGUUGUAUGCAUUGUUGAAUGAUGCAACUACUACUAAUUAAGUUAGCCAAUUAAGGGUUUUUAUAUGUUUAGACCUCUACAUAUAAUUUUGGCUAAAGUAUCUUAUGACUUCCCUCAGACAAAAAUGUGAACAUGCAUUUUGGAUUCGUUUUUUCCAGAGUAUAG